GGUUAGCGGCUGACAGGCGGCGGCGGGGAGCGCCCGGCCCGGGGCAGAUUAUGAAAAUAUUCUGAUCAAUGUGUUUAAAAAAAAUUCAGAACUGCAUUAAGGCUUCACCAUAAAUCUUUUUGAUUGCUUAUGAAGUUUCUGAUAUUAAAGCUGCACUAUUGAAAUGAAGAAAAGGAGAAAGUUCCCUGGAAAUCUAAAUGAGAAGAUACAUUUUGGCCAUGAGAAGAAUAUUUCUGAUGGGGUUCUUAUAGUAGAUUCUGACCAAAAAGCUGUCUCCAAAUCUGCAGAAGUAGCUAUUGCAGACCAACUCGAGUGUUCCCAAGAACUUCCUCCAUCACCAGAACAAAGAAAACUCUUAAGUUCACUGCAGUAUAAUAAAAAUCUACUUAAAUAUUUAAAUGAUGAUAGACAGAAACAACCAUCUUUUUGUGACUUACUUAUAAUAGUAGAAGGAAAAGAAUUUAGCGCACACAAAGUUGUUGUAGCUGUUGGCAGUAGUUAUUUUCAUGCUUGUUUGAGCAAAAACCCAAGCACAGAUGUUGUCACACUGGAUCAUGUAACUCAUUCUGUUUUUCAACAUUUGCUUGAGUUUUUGUACACAUCUGAGUUUUUUGUAUAUAAAAAUGAAAUCCCUUUAGUGUUGGAAGCAGCUAAAUUUUUAGACAUUAUAGAUGCAGUCAAACUGCUCAGUAAUGAAAAUAUUUCCGGCAUACAAUCUGAAGCGGUAACUGAAAACCCAGUACCAGCUGAAACUCUCAAUGAGUUGACUGGUAAACUAUCAAAUAGUCACCAGUGCACUUUUUGCAGUCGAAACUUCUGUUACAAGAAAUCCUUAGAAAACCACUUGGCUAAAGCUCACAGAUCCCUUCCACUGGAAAAAAAACAUGGUUUAAAAAUGGUUGAGAAAGCAGACUUUUCUACCAGAAGAUCUACAAGGAACCGUAAAUGCCCAGCUAAGUUUGAUAACAGUGAUAACGAAAGCAGCGAUGUGUCUGACAGCAACUUGGAUAAAGUCCAUUCUGAGAGAGAAAUAUCAGUUAAAAAUGAAUGUGAAGAUAGUGGAAGUGACCGCAGUGCAGAUGAAGAGGGUCAGGAAGAAGAAGAAGAAGAAAUAUCAGAUGAGUCUGAUGCUGAAGAGCAAAGUAAAAAAGAACAUAAUGAUUCUGAAGUGAGUCCUGAGCCGGUUGAUUCAGUAGGAAAUAUUCCUGAAGGUUUAACUCCAGUAAUCAUUCAGAGUAGUAGCAAAAAACUAUUGCAGUGUCCCAAGUGUGACAAAACAUUUGAUCGAACAGGGAAGCUCGAGAUCCAUACCCGUGCGCACACAGGUGAGAAGCCCUUCGAGUGUGAUAUUUGUCAUCAGCGCUAUUCCACAAAAUCUAACCUGACAGUUCACAGAAAGAAACACAAUAAUGAAACAGAAUUUCCUAAGAAGGAGCACAAAUGUCCAUAUUGUAAUAAACUGCAUGCAAGCAAAAAGACCCUAGCAAAACAUGCAAAGAGGUUUCAUCCAGAGAACAUACAAGAAUUUCUUUCCAUUAAAAAGACCAAGAGUGAAGGCUGGAAAUGUGAUAUUUGUAAGAAAUCUUUUGCUCGAAGACCCCAUUUGGAAGAACACAUGAUUCUUCACACUCAGGAUAAACCUUUCAAGUGUACCUAUUGUGAAGAGCACUUUAAAUCCCGGUUUGCAAGAUUGAAGCAUCAAGAAAAAUUCCAUCUUGGCCCUUUCCCAUGUGAUAUUUGUGGUCGUCAGUUCAAUGACACUAGAAAUCUAAAGCGCCAUAUAGAAUGUACUCAUGGGGGGAAGAGAAAAUGGGUGUGUUUUAUAUGUGGAAAAUCAGUCAGAGAAAGAACAACUUUGAAAGAACAUUUGAGAAUUCAUAGUGGGGAGAAACCUCAUCUUUGUAGUAUUUGUGGGCAAAGUUUUCGUCAUGGAAGUUCCUACAGACUUCAUCUACGAGUUCACCAUAAUGACAAAAGAUAUGAAUGUGAAGAAUGUGGGAAAACGUUUAUUCGGCAUGACCAUCUAACAAAACACAAAAAAAUACACUCAGGUGAAAAAGCACAUCAGUGUGAGGAGUGUGGAAAGUGUUUUGGCCGUAGAGACCACUUAACUGUCCAUUACAAAAGUGUUCAUCUAGGAGAGAAAGUGUGGCAAAAAUAUAAAGCAACAUUUCAUCAGUGUGAAGUCUGCAAGAAAGUUUUUAAAGGGAAAUCAAGUUUGGAAAUGCAUUUUAGGACACAUUCAGGUGAGAAACCAUACAAAUGUCAAAUUUGUAGCCAGUCUUUUAGAAUUAAGAAGACAUUAACAAAACACAUGGUUAUUCAUUCAGAUGCUCGACCUUUUAACUGCCAGCAUUGCAAUGCAACAUUUAAACGAAAAGACAAGUUGAAAUACCAUAUUGACCAUGUACAUGGAACAAAGGCUGCAGAAGAAACAGUAACCACUUCUGAAGAAAAAGUAAUUUCCUUGCCAGUACAGUACACCCCUGAUGACAAAGUUUUCCAGAUUGAGUCUAAACCAUACAUGGAUCAGCCUGAAGUUUACGAAACAGAAGUCAAACCUAUGCUACAGAAUGUACCAGCAGAAGUAUGUGUGCCAGUAACACUGGUACCAGUUCAGAUGCGGGAACCUCAAGCUGAUCUAGUACAACAUACCACUACACUCUCACCCCAGUCUCAUGGCAUUCUUCCCCCACAGGCAGAGCAGCCAGAUUAUCAACGAACAACGGAUUUGGCAUUUCUGGAAAAAUAUACUCUCACUCCCCAGCCUGCAAAUAUAGUUCAUCCUGUCAGACCUGAGCAAUUGUUGGAUCCUAGAGACCAGUCUUACCUUGGAACUUUACUGGGGCUUGAUACAGCUCCAGCUGUACAGAAUAUGUCAAACAAUGAACAUUCAUGAUUGGACCCAUAACAUUCCACCAAACUUACUAAGCCAUUAGCCACCAGAAGACUAAUAUGGCUACUGAGUUUUUUUUGUAGUUUAUUUGGACUUCUAAUAUUCGGAACAGUUUUGUUGAGUGCAAGGAAAAAAUAGAUUUGUUUGCAUAUAUGAACAUUAAGACACAUUUUGAUGUAUAUUUAUAGUUUCUUGUGGUUUUAAAGGCUUUUAAAAAAUCUUAUAGAAGGUCUUUUGAAAACAGGUUCUCAUAUCUUUUAAGGAUACUAGCUGCAGCAAACUUUAAUCCCAGACCUGGCCAUUAAUAAAAAUAAUUGUUCACUUGUCUGCAUCUCACUUUCCAAAUAAACCUUUCUGUGGAUAAUGGAAAAUAUACUAGAAGGGUUAUAGCCAAUUCAUUAGGGUCAUGAUUGAAAAAGAACAUGAAAUUAAACCUCUUAAUGAUCCCUCACCUUAAACUAAAAUUUAACUUUAUCCCAGACAAACCGGUUACAUUUUUUUUACUGUAAUUCAUAUCUGAAUAGUGGAAUUAUGAAUCUGAGACUAUAAACAAUACUUGUGCUCUCUUAACCUUGGUUCAGUCUUCUAGAACGUUUCCAACAUUUGGGCCUUGAAAGAUUUAGAGAUGUGGUGGUAAUACACUGAAACCCUCGGGCAGUAAUAAAAGAUUGGAAUAGUUCAUCCUUGUUCAUGAGCACAGAAUCAAACCAAGCUGAAGCCCUCACUGGUGUGCCCAUUUCUACAUUACUGCUGUGUAAAGUAAUUUGAAAAGUAAUUUGCUUAAGUUUAUUAAAAGAUUAAUGAAAUCAGCAAUUAUAAAUCUUUGGUUGGCUUCUGGAAAAGAAAGUGAAAGGAAGUCCAUUUGUUUUUUCACCUUAUGUGAUAUACAUCGUAUAUAGGUGACAAAUAAUUAGGAAGAGGAAGGAAGAUUAGAACAUGUAAGGGCUUUAACUAUUCUUUUACUGUUUUCUCACUGUUUUUCUAGGUAGAACCAUAUCAAAUCCACUAUCUAGAACAAUUUAAAUGAUUAAAUCCCUGAAAUUCUCUUCUGAGUGGAGCACUGCAAAUCCAUGGAUAUCUGCAGAUCAUUUUUGUGGAUUGUGGGUCGGAUGCACGUACAAACUUUGUAUCCGUGCAGGGCUCUACUUCUAACCUCAUUACCGAAAUAAUAGUUUCCUUGUUUUAGACUCAGUCAAUCUUGUGCCAAAGGAAAUGCCUAGAAUCAUACUUGUCUCUCAAUUAUGUCUCAUUAGGGAUUACAUUUUAGACUAAACUUUCUCUACUUUCCAUAAAAAUCUGGUUUUCUCACUUUUAUUAUUGUAAAUUAUUUAUAUCCAAUUUCCAAAUUAUGAAACUGGAAGUUCAUUUGCUAUGGUGAGUUAUUAUUAAACUUCUGCAUUUGGUAGGAGCAUAAAUAGUUUCUGAAAAAAUGUCAGUAUCCUACUUCUACAAACUCUUAAUGGCCCUAUCUUGUAAAAUGCUAAUCACUUUCUGUGAGGUGUUUGAGUGCUUUUCAGGAUUGGGGCCAGAGCUGGGUGUUUGGUCAUGUGUAGAGGCUUUUCAACCUCACUGAUUCUCAUCUAAGUGCACCAAAGAUUUCUAUUAGCAGUUGAAUAGUACUAGCAUGCAUAGAACUUAAAUGUAUCAUUAUUUAUUUAAAUAAGGACUUGUCCAAAGAAGCACAAUAGAAGUCCUAGACUUACAGAUCUUUAAAAUUCAGUUCCUAUAGUAGGAUUAAGUGUAUGUUUAACUGUUUUUUGUUUAUAUGUACAAAGCAAGAUGAGAUAAAUACUCUGGGAACGUUCAGAUUGAGAUGCUGUAUAUAUGUCAGGUAAAAAGAUGAGUACUAACAUAAAACAAGAUUCAGCCCAUUGAAUGCCAUCUUCUAAAAGGACACUGUCAAGUACUGUGCUUCCUGCUUGUUCUCUGCGCAAAAAAAAAAAAAAAAAAAAAAAUCACCAUACUUGCAUUCCAAUGCACAAAAAUACUAUUUAGUGUGUACCUUUCAAGUUGACAAGCACGGGAGUUUUUACCCCUCUGUACGCCCAUACUGUUUGUGGAAACACAAACCAAUGUGGUUUCCAAAGGUUAUGCUCAUACCAUCAAAGAUAAACUGACAACAGUGCUGAGACUGACAUUCUAACUUUGCAUUCUUUACUGACUUUCUUCCUCUGAAAUGAGUGUGGAGAGAUUACAGUUAAACAGUGGCAUAAAAAUAUUGGUAAGGUUUUUUUUGUUUUAUUUUUAAAUCCAAUCAGUCUGGAAUACACUUCACAUUAUUUAAAUGUUGAGAUUCAAUUUGGGGCAUAUAUUACUUAAUGUUCUGUUUAGGUCUUUCAUGAUUGUGCCUAUUUAUGCAUUGACUGGUCACUCUAGUUGAUUAUUAAAGCCAGUAUUUUCAAAAGUGCCUAGUGACUUUGGAUGCUCAACUGGAGACACUUUAAAGGUGUUUACAUUGGGUACCCCAAAUCACUACACUCUCUUAAAAAUGUUGGCCUAAUAGUUCAUCAGAGCAGCUUUACAGUUAACCAACCUGCUGGUCAGGCUCAAUCCUUGCUUGAAGGGAAAAAAUAGUUCAUGUAGGAAAACGUACAUAGAAGAAAAAAACUAUUUUAAUAAUUUAGUGUGUGCUGGGUUUUGAUUCUCAUGGCCUUAUGGGUAUAGUGAAUUUGCAUGUGAGUCAAGUAAAUCACGAUGGACUGGUACACCUCUACCUCAAUAUAACGCUGUCCUUGGGAGCCAAAAAAUCUUACCGCGUUAUAGGUGAAAUUGUUAUAUUGAACUUGCUUUGAUCCACCUGAGUGCGCAGCUCAGCUCCCCCCCACCCCCGGGAGCACUGCUUUACCACGUUAUAUCCAAAUUCGUGUUAUAUCGGGUGGCGUUAUUGAGGUAGCAGUGCACUUCAUUCUAUAAGCAUGAACAGAUCUUCAACCUGAGAGAGACCUAUUUCUGAAUAAAAUGGUUUGGAUUGGGAGAAAAAUAUGAACGAUCUUGACUGCACAGGUCAGAGCUUCUUGGCCAUGGUACUUUCAUAUCAAUAAACACAUGUAUUUGUACCUAUAUAACUAGAGCAUAUUCUAUAAGCAUUGAGAGAGAGGGUGCUUUUUUACAAUAAAGGCUGCUUUAAUCUUGUAGCAUUGACUCAGCUCACCACUUAGACUCGCUUCCUCAUUCAACUUUCUCUUUAAAAUGUCACUUUCUGAUCAGUGCCAAGUAUUUAAAAGUUGUGGUUUUUUUCUUCCCACAAAAACAGCUUAGGAGGAAAAGUGGAAUCUUCAUUUGUGCUCUUCUAUCUAAAAGGGUCUUUAUGAAAUUUUCUUUAAUCUUAAAAAGAACAGGAGUACUUGUGGCACCUUAGACUAACAUUUAUUUCAGCAUAAGCUUUCGUGGGCUACAGCUCACUUCUUCAGAUGCUCCUAUGUAGUUCUGCAAAAAAAUACUGCAUUUAUGUUCUGUUUACAUAUUGCACAUACAUUUAAAAAAAACUUUGAUUUUUUUUUCCCUUGUAUUUACCGGGUUACUGGUUAUUCCAGGAUAUAAUUUCUUUGAAUGGGUUAUAUUUUUUUUAAAUAAAUUCUUCCUGAGCAUUGCUACUUUUUCUACAGUAGUAUCGUUUUCCAAGGCUGUCCUUAUUCUGAACAACAGCGGCAGUGGUAGUAGUAGUGAUAGUGGUAUAGGUUGGCUUAUAUUGUGGUAUACCUUGAAGAUAAAAUAUUAUUUUACAUUUAAUUUGCAUAUUUUUAAAGAUGAAUCAUGUCUCAAAUACCCCUCAGAAAUGAAAGUCUUAACAUGUAAAGAAAACAUACACAGUAGUGAACAAUCCUGGUCAGAAACAUACUGGGAACAGAAUGUUCUGGGAACUGUUCACUUGUUCCAAUAUCCAAAAACAUAAUGCUUCAGAGCAAGUCAAUAACCUCUUCAUAAUGUGCUUGACCAGGUGUAAAAUGCAUUAUUAUGUAGACAGGGAAUGAAUUACCCUUUUUUCCUCUUCUUUUUUAUGUGUGGGUUGGUUUUUUUUAUUUUUUUAAGAUGUAGCUUUCAUGUAAAGCAGACAUAAACUGUGAGAAUAUAGUUGCAGAUUAGAGCUUUUUUCCUUCUUGGGCUGAGGAUGGGGAAUCCAUUCAUGGAUAUCUGCAUAAAAGUAACAAAAGCAAUUCAAGAUCAAUUUCCAUAAAUUGAUCUCACAUGAAUAAUAACUUCAGGCUUCUGGAAUGGAUAUGGUGCUUGUGUGCAGGAAGCAUAUAUAUAUAUGUGUGUGUGUGUGUGUAUCCUUAUGAUUGCUGUCAUCUUUGACCUUGCUUAUAAGAUCAGGAGUAUUUAGGUCAUGUCAUCAGGGGCCUUUUCUUUAACAAGCUAACAUGCAUAAGUAUUGAUUGAUGUUACUGCUGAAAAAAGGGGCAGACGCUUUGAUAAAAUCCAUAACUGUCCUUUCUCUAUUUUAUGAUGACUAUUCUGGUGCAUUAAAGGUAACAUUAUUUUCAAAUUGUUUGAAGUCUCCCAUAACAAAGCAUUUUGUUCAUUUUAAAAUGUUAAACUUUUUAUAUAAAAAAGCAAAAUAAAAAAAUAAUAAUUUGGUAAUAUUUUGCCACUGUUAUAUGAAAUACUGUGCUUUUUAAUGUGGUCUGUAAUAGGUUGAUAUUUUAGGUGGAAGUCUUUUAAGUACAAUUGUCUUUUUUAAGGGAAAAAUCACCCUGCUAUAAGGCAUUGUAAAUGUAAAAUAACUCAGUCCUCUGUGUAAUUGUUGGAUAUUAAAAAGUUUAAAGUUCCUUUGUC